GUUUGGACAUGUGUGCAUGGUCUAUUUCACUAAAUAUCGUUUGUUUUCAGUCUGUCAUUUGUCAAUGCUUCAAUAUAGCAGACAACAGGAUCAGUUGUUGGUUGUCAACAGUACUAUAAAAUAUAUUCACCGUUGUUUUAAUAGUGACGGUGCUAAAUAAGCUGUUCUUAAGAAAUAUUAUGUAGGCAGUACAUCGACCCUUCUUCAGACAAUAGACAUUUGUUUUGUUUUGGCAUACAGGCAUGGACCCCAACUUGGAGGUUCGCAAGCUGCCGGCCGGCGACUUGUUUAAUCUGGCCAGCAUACUGGAACAGAGCGAUAACUGGAAAACACUCAUGGCCAGGAUGCCCAAGUCGCUCGAUGGCGACGCACCGUUUCUUCCAAAAUACAAAGUGGAGCACAUAAAGCUGGUGGAGCAGUGGGCCGGCCGGCAGCAGCGGCUGUGCGCCGAGGUGUUCCUGGAGGAGUGGUCGACGAGCGGCCGGGAUCGCCCCACGCUCGCGGCGCUGCUCCGCGUCCUGCAGGGGCAGGACCUGUUCCGCGCUGCCGACUUCGUGGCGGAGCAGCUGCUCGGAGUCGGCAGGCCGGAGCGACCGGGGAGCGGGCCGGCGGCCCCCGUGGACGUGUCGACCGACGUGAUCGAGCAACUGGUGCCCGUGGCUGCAAGCCUGGGGCUGGGGGCAGAGCGCGGGGAGACCCCGCGCCAGCUGCGGGAGGGGCUCAUCGCGGAGCGCCUGGACCUCGGGGCGCCGGAGCAGGAGACGCUGCCUCUGGACGCGAGGCUGCCACACUUCAGUUACGUCGAGCUGGAGAACUUCACGGACAGCUUCUGCGACCUGCCCGCGACGGAGCCGCGGGGCCGCAAGCUGGGCACGGGAGCCUUCGGGACGGUCUACCUCGGGAUAUUCCCGUCCGGUGACAGGGUCGCAGUCAAGCGGCUGAACAGCGACGCCUUCAGUGCCCAGCUCCAGUUCCGCAACGAGAUAGAGAGUCUCAGCAGGUACCGGCACGAGAACCUACUCCCCCUGCUCGGGUAUUCCUGCGACGGCCCCGCCUAUUGCCUCGUCUACCAGUACAUGAGCAACGGUUCCCUUCAAGAGAGGCUUGCGUGUCGUGGUGCUGGCGACAUCCUGCCGUGGAAGCUGCGGCUGCAGAUUGCGCUGAAAACUGGCCGUGGCAUUGUAUACCUUCACACGGCGUACGAACGGCCGCUCAUCCACCGUGACAUCAAGAGUGCCAACAUUCUUUUGGAUGACAACCUGCAGCCCAAGCUCGGAGACUUCGGCCUGGUGCGACUAGGCUCCACCACCAGCCAGACCAAGAGCAUCAGCAUGAAGACGAACACGGUGUAUGGCACUUCAGCGUACAUGCCUUUGGAAGCAUUUCGCGGAGACAUCUCCGUGAAACUGGACACCUUCAGCUUUGGAGUGGUGAUGCUUGAACUGUUGACAGCGCUGCCACCUUACGAUGAAGGAAGAGAAGGAUUUGAUUUGGUAACUCACGUGACGGACACGUGUGAGGAGUCGAUCGCGCCCUUGCUGGACGCGGAAGGGGGGGCGCCGCUCCCCGAGGCCGAGCUCGCGUUUGCGCUCGCGCUGGAGUGCAUCGAGAGCGAGAAGAGGCGCCGGCCGACGAUGGCCGCCGUCGUCGAGAAGCUGCAGGCUCUCGUCGCCGGUGCCAGCCCGGCGUGACGUGCGGCUGUUUCGAAACCCGGGGCGCUCGUUUAUUGAAACUGCCGAUGAAGCUCUAUCAGCGAACGAUCACUACGUGCAAAAUACGGUUCACCAAUAACGGCAAUAACUUAAGAUGUUAGUUUUCUGGAAAAGUAUGUUUGAGAAAAUUUCCCGGCGAUUUACCAGAAAAACUUCUGCGAAACUUUAAAAUUUUCUAAAUGAUCACACUAAAAUUUAUCAAUUUUUUUAACACAAACAGAACCAAAUAAAUUAUACAUUUGAUCUUUCUUUACAACGUAAUGGCUAGACACGCAUUUGUUAUUUUAUUUUAUGAUACAAAGUGGUGUUCUUUUUAGGUAAAAGUGUUUUUAAUUAACCCGUUUUUUUUUUGCGUAUUUACGUAAAUUUCAUCGACUAGUAAACAAACAACAUAAACACAAAUCGAGAAUAAAGUUUCCAUAGAACUACAGAUAUAAAAAUAUUUAAAUUGAUGCAAGUUUGUUUUUAAACAUAAAUUUUGCAUUAAGGUUUUGUAAGUUAAUCCUCUGCAUUUUAUGAGAAGUAAAAAAAUCACGUGAUCACAACUUUGAUAAAUGCAUGUCUCUAGUAAUGGCUCAUUUAACAUAUCCUCUACCAACUGAUAGGAACUAAAAUUGUACCUACCAAUCUGCAGAAAAAAAAAUUAUUGUAUUAAUGUUUCUAUCUUAAAUUAUGUAAAUCAUCUAUGUUGGUUAUGGAUAAAAGGAAAAUGUUUUGGAAAAAUUUGUUACAUUUUUCUAGAAGAUUUUUCCCAUUUACAUUUCUACCAAUAACCUAACAGCUAUGUGAAGUAUGAGUGAUGUUGAACUGUCCUUAAGUUGGAAACUAAACCUAGAAUAAAACCCCAUUUUAUGUUUUUAUUCUGAAGUACUUAAAUGAACAUUUUUUUUAAUGUAUUGCUUACCUGAUCUCUGUGGGCCUGGGAGCUACAAUGAAACAUUUACUAUUUCAUCACCACAGUCAGUAUUUAUUCUGUAAUAAAAUUACUUGAUCAACUUGCUUAUCAAUUCUUUCUGCCAACUCAACCAUGGGUAGUACAGAAAUCAGAAAUCAACAGUAGUGCUUUAUAUGUACUUUGAUUUGUCAACUUUUUUUUUUUCAGAGUCUAUAUAUAUAUGUUUUACUUAAUUGGAAUGAUUUUGCAGCCAAUAAAACAGAUAUGUAAUUAGUAGCGUGCCAGUGUUCAUAGUCAAUGAUACCAUGAUGAGUUAAUAGGUACAUACGGUACAUAUAUGCAAGUGACCAUUAAAUCUAAGACUUUGUUCCACGGGCUGUACCUUUUGAAAGUUCGGUACCCAAGAUGUAGUGGUAGGAAAAAAGUUGUGGAUGUAGAGUUACAAAGGUUUUACUGUAAAUAUUACCACCUCAGUACAUGAGUUUUAAGAAAGUAAACUAUUUUUGCUGUCUCUAUAGUUAUUGUAACUUAUGACCUGUCAUUAAUUUUAUCUUUGUAAUAAUAAAAAAAAAUUAUAAAUUUAUAGGAUAUUUCUGUUUUUAAUAAUUGUUUUUAAAUCUUGUUUAUGUAUUUUAAGGAAAAACGUUCCUGUAAUAUGUAACAUGUUUUCUUGCUUUGUUUUUUAAUUUAAAUUCUUUGUAAUUACUGUAUUAUAUG